AUGGUGUGGAUGGAAACAUAUUUGCUAUAUUGCUCAGUGCGUUUGGGAGCAUUGGUGACAGCGACAUUGGGAUUUGUCUCUUGUUUCCUAAUCGGCUUAUCCCUCAUCAUCUUUGGCCUUGACGUAUUCAAUCCAAUUCUAAAGAUUUUCAAUGAUGACGAACAUUUUCGUCAUCAUUUUGUUGUCAAGAAAAUUACAACAAUGGUGGAUGAGGAUUCCGAAAAAUUAUUAAUAAUUUUUCAUCUGUAUUUAUUUGGCCAUAUGAUCAGCAGUGUGUUGGCAUUCUAUGGGGCAUGGAAGAUCAAAAAAUAUUUUCUCAUCCCCUUGGCGAUUUUCGAAUUCGUGCGUGUUCUCUACUGUCUGGCCAUUCACAUCCUGCUGAUGACGGUUUGCAAGAAUAAACUAAAUUUGGGAAUAUUGAUAACAGCCACCCUGGGUGGUGGCUUUGUAAUAUUAUAUCUUGGCUAUAAUUGGGCCACCUUAGUGGCCCUCUACCAAAUCGUUAAUCUCAUUAAUUCGGAACGCUAUAAAUCGGUGUAUGGUGAUGAUCCGUUCCACCCUCUUAUACCGAAAACCUAUAAUCCUGCCGUGACAGAAAAUGUCCGGGUACUGGUUACACCCAGCAGCAUUGAUAUUGAUGAGCAAAAGCAGCGGAAUGCCAUGCAACCGGGCAUCAUAAAUGUGCUACCCAGCAAUAGAGCAGUGCUACCAAGAAGUCAGACUAAUCGAAAUUGGAUGACAUCGAAGUGGGCCAGUCAAUCGAAAAAACCACUGAUUGUGGCACCAGCCCCAAUGAAAAAUAAUGAUGCAGCCUAUGAGGAGGCCUAUAACUACUGGCAAUGGUCGGAGCUGACCCCGGCGGUGACGGAACGUAAUAAACGGAAUAUUUAUGCCAGUAAUUGGAAAUAUUAA